AACAGUGUCCGUGUCUUUAUAACGGAAAACAGUAUCACGAGGGUGAAUCUAUUAAAGUGGAAGGUGCUUCGUGUAUAUGUCUAGCGGAGCGUUGGGAGUGUGUCGGCGAGAAGCAAAGUGUGGUGGCUUUUGCUGAUGCAGCCAAGUGUAACGACGACAUGAAAAUUCCGAACAAUUCAACCAGUUGCGGAAGCGAGGAACUUAAAUAUCUUUAUUGCUUCGGAGUUGCAACCACCGAGGAAUGUAUGAGGGAACCUUGCAGAUGUAACGGUACGUAUUCCAUGGAUAGGGAAACUAAGAAAUGUUUACCACCAACCAAAUGUACGGGUUGCAUGUUCUACGGAAGGAAGCUGCAGCGGGAAGAUACGAUUUAUAGACAUUCCGACUGCCAAAUAUGGAAGUGCAGUGAAGAUAAGAGUAUGGGCGUUUCGGUAAAAGACGUGACCGACGAGUAUUCCGAGACCGUUUGUUUUAACAAACUGUGCAGGGUUUGGGGUCAAGAACAUAUUUUAACCUUCGACAAAGAGUUGCCAAUAUUCGAUAAGUCGACAUGCUUCUAUUAUUUGCUGAAACAUGACAAAUAUUCUAUUGCUUAUAAAAAUAUUCGUUGUCCAAAGAGCGAUAUUGUCUGCAGCAUCGAAGUGGAAUUUGAAGUAGAAAACGAAACGGUGCAUCUUCCAAAAUAUUUAAAUUCGACAGAACAGAAAAGAGAGCAUUUUACUGUGUAUGAAAAAGGAAUAUGGAUAGUUGUACACAGUGACAAACAAAUAAUACUUGCCUGGGAUAGAGGAACAAGAGUUUACAUUUAUGUAUCUGAAAAUCUGAAAACUGACACGGUAAGUGGACUGUGUACCGGCAAAACAAUUAAGAAAGAUGCCGACUGUAUACGCGUGUCUAAAACUUACAGCGACGAAGAUAAUAUCGAAAUUACGAGAAAAUCUACAAGGGAGCAAUGUCGAAUAUUAGAUGAAAAAAUAUUCCAAGAUUGCGAAAAGAACUUACCCAAGUUCGGCGAUUUAAAGGGAAUAAACCCUUGUAAAAAUUUUUUACAUGGCAAUCGUGUAAACAGAAGAAAAAUCAACUUUCUACUACAUAAGAAAAUUGACAAACAUUCUUACUAAAACAUGGCAUCGUAGCGAAUUGUUGAG